UGUUCUGAUAAUGGCUUUUGCAUGGGAUCCUUGAGCUAAUAUGUUUGAAGAUCUUGAAAAUUCGCGGUAGUGUUUAGCUAUGAAUCGGGUCACUUCAAUAGGCAGUUGAGGUUUGUUCUUGAUGUCCAGUUGAACGAGCCCUUCACAGGUUUGGGUUGGUGGAGAAAAAUCAUCUUGGCGUUUGUUGGAAUCUGGAAGGAAUAGAGAGAUUAUGGCUAGAAGCAGGGGAGAGAAAGAAGAUGCCGAAAAGCACACGGGAUUGCUCAAGCUCGUGCAGGUGCUGUCGUCUCUGGUCAUUUUCGUCGCGGGCAUUAUCAUCGGCCUCACGACGAGCACCCACAUGAACAACUACUUCGCUUCUCAGACGGAACUGUUUUUCUCUGCUAACCAUGCCACGGCUUCGGUGGCCAGUCCCGAGAAGAACUGUACCCCUUGCGAGAAGGUGGAUUGUUUGAGCAUGGACACUUUCUUGUAUCCUAGGAACGUGACUCAUGGCAUGUCGGAUGUCGAGCUCCUUUGGAGAGCGUCAAUGGUCCCGAGGAAGCGGGGCUACCCUUUCACUAGAGUGCCUAAGGUGGCUUUCAUGUUUCUGACAAGAGGGCCGUUGCCGAUGCUGCCGCUGUGGGAGAAAUUCUUUGAUGGCCAAGAGAGACAUCUCUAUACAGUCUAUGUGCACGCGCUUCCCGGCUAUGAGCUCAAUGUAUCCAGCACUUCUCCGUUCUAUGGUCGGCAGAUCCCGAGUCAGAAAGUUGCAUGGGGAACGGUACAACUCAUUGAUGCCGAGAGGCGGCUUCUAGCAAAUGCCCUGCUCGACUUCUCCAAUGAGCGGUUUGUUCUGCUUUCCGAGAGCUGCAUUCCGGUCUACAACUUCCCCACGGUGUACAAGUAUCUCACUGGUUCAGACCACAGCUUCGUGGAGUCGUACGAUGAUCCAUCUCGCUACGGACGUGGCCGUUACAGCCGCAGCAUGCUUCCUUACAUUAGGCUCCACCAGUGGAGGAAAGGGUCUCAGUGGUUCGAGAUGACUCGCAACUUGGCUGCUUAUAUAGUAUCCGACACCAAGUACUACUCCCUCUUCGAGAAGUACUGCAAGCCUGCUUGUUACCCGGAUGAGCAUUACAUCCCGACUUAUCUCAAUAUGUUCCAUGGAUCGAAAAACUCGAACAGGAGUGUCACUUGGGUCGAUUGGUCUCUGGGUGGGCCGCACCCUGCUACUUUCAGGAAAUCUAACAUAACGGAAGAUUUUAUUCGCGCUAUUAGAAAUAAUGCUACGCGCUGCUGGUACAAUUCAGGAAAGACAUCUCUUUGUUACCUCUUUGCUCGGAAGUUUGAUCCGAGCGCAUUGGUGCCGUUGCUCAACCUCAGUUCGAUUGUGAUGGAGUUUUAGCUGUGUUGAUAUAGUGAAGAGACUAUAUCGUCUGCACAUGUAUUAGGACCCCCCUAGUAGAUCUUCCGAGUUCAGGCGGUCUCAGCCAAAAGUUUUGGAUUAUAUCUGGUCUCUCAGACAUUGAAUGAGAUUCCUUGUUUCUUUUUUCCGGCACAUUGUAGUGGCUUCUAUCUUGAUCUACAAAACUGAACAGUUCCAGGUGAUAAUUCUAACAGAUUGUCAUUACGUGACAAUUGAUGUUGUUGAAGUGCUCAUUGGCGCAUAUAGCAUCAGAAGUGCAAAUCACGGGCUCUCCAUUGGCGCAUAUGGCACCAGAAAUGCAAUCAUGGCUCAUCCAUUGGAUGGGCUUUCCCUUAAGUAGAUCUAGCCACCACCACAGACAAGCGCAACUUCCAUGUACUACCCGAGAAGCUCAUUAACAUUAUCAGCUGGUGGAGUAGGCGCUGACUUAUGGAUGUAUGCUUUCAG